AUGCCACCCUCACCCAUCGCGCAGGCGCUACUCGGCGCAUUGCUGCUGUUCACCCAGCCAGCUACGGCAGAAUCAUCGACACUAAGGGAAGGCGCGCUUCCGUCAUAUCACUAUGGUGCGCCGAUAGCAGUCGAGUGUAUGAAUCGGAGCAUAGAAACGGGCGAACACAUCCAGAAUGAAAAGGACGAAAUUGAAUGGAUCCCCUUCCCGUCCUGCAACGAGACGCUGAAACCGCUCGAAUUUCACUACGGAAUCGAGUCGGAGAUCAACUGCACCAUCCCCAUGGUCGACGACCCCUUCUUCCACCUCCUCGAGUUCUACAUCCACUCCGACGCGCCGCUCGCCUGUCGGCUUCCCGCGCGCCCGCCCCCGCACGUCGAGGCCGUUGGCGCCGAGCCCUAUAAGCAAGAGUACAUCCCGCUGGUCUUCGCGCUGGCGGGGACGCUGCAGCUGAGCCAUCUGCAUAUCAGCACCCACCUCAACGUGCUCCUACACAGCACGCCCAAGCACCACAUCCACCCGCACGAUAGCGGCGUGUUGGAUUCCGGUGCGGCGUAUAGCACGAGUCCGCUGAGCCAUAUGGAGGGGAGCCAGACGAGAAGACUCGUCAUUGGGGACCCGCUGCCGUUGAGCUUUAGUGUGCGGUGGUUCCCGACGCCGGCGCUGCCCAAGACGGAGGGGAAGGUGGAGUGGCAAGGGAUUGGGGGGCAUAUAUAUGCUAGUACCAUGUUCUACAGUCUUGUGUCGUUUAUUACGGGGGUCUUGGCAAGCGCGGUUUAUUUCUUCGGCGUGAUUCUACCCAAGAGGUUGCGCGGGAGGGGAAUGGGUGGUGCGACGCCGUUGGGGUAUGGCAUGGGGGUUGGCAAUGGGUGGGGGAUAUCGAAGAGAAUGGAUUAG